CCCAAGACCGUCCCCGAAACCAAUUAUUUCACAUCUACUCCCAGAUUUAACAAAAUGUUCCCCGGCGAAUGGACCCCCGAUGCUCCCCGCGCGGAAACAGCCCAAACAGCCCUCCACAACGCCGCCCUCUCCGGCGACAUGCACAACGUCCUGCGCCUCCUCGGCGAAGGCGUAAGCCCCAACACAGCUGGUGGAGUAUACGGAACACCCCUACAAGCCGCCUGCAUUCGAGGCCACGAAGAAGUCGCGUUCAUGCUCCUGUACGAAGGUGCGGAUGUGAAUGCACAGGGUGGUAGGCAUGGGGAUGCCCUGCGCGCGGCUUGCUUCGCUGGUCAUGUGAAGAUCGUCGAGUUAUUGAUUGAUCAUGGAGCGAGAGUAGAUGCGGUGGAGCGGUAUGGCCCGUUGUAUGUUGCUUGUGAGGCGGGGCAUUUGGAGAUUGUGAGCGUGCUGCUGGAGAGGUGUAAGGGGGUGGGAGUUGAUGUGUCGAGGGAGCGUGGAAGGUUGGGUGGUGUUUUGGAUGUGGCGUUGCAUUUUGGGGAUGUGCGGUUGGAGAGGAUGUUAAGACAGAAAGGCGUGGUUGGGAAUGAGACGAAAGAGGUUGUUAGGAAUGAGGCGUUUUAUGGUGGACUUGAGCAAGAGAGUGGGAGGGCUGAUGAUUAUGAAGCGAUGAUGUCAAAGUCUGUUACUCUUGACUCAAAUGUCGGAGUACUCGACGAAAGCUAUUAUACCUGGGAAGUAGAUUAUACAAGACCCAGAGACCGAAAGGCCAGCCCUGUUUUUCACUCUGCAAAUAGGCAAUGGAGAGCUAUCUUGCUCCCUGAUCCAGCUCUUUGCGACAACAUUUCUCUCCAGUUGGAGCUUCUUCCAACGGACGGGGAGAAGUAUAUCAUGCGCACUGCAAGACAUUGCUAUGACAAGGACCGGCGAACUUGGGGCCCUCAGCUGUUGCCCCCUCCUGGGAAGCUAAUCGAGUACUUCUAUUAUGAUAAACAAUCAAGGAAUGUUGACUUCAGAAAGUUUAACAUUACUGUCUACAUGAGGGUGUUUGAUCCCCCUGCCGUCGAAGAGGGUUUAAUCUUUAGGUCACUCCCACCUGGACUGAACCAUAACCGCAAGACAAGACUAUUGAAGUUGGUUCUGCAAAUCCUGUUCCACAUAAACCCCCUUCGGAGGGUCAUCCAGGAAAUGCUCACCGACCAGAUGAAGGGGGCUUACUUUGCAACUGCACUGGAAGAGGUACUCUUCUUGCUCGAAAAAGACCUCAGUACAGCACCUCUCGACCCGCACAGCAUCGAACAAGUAGAAAGCCUGUUCAUAGAAAUGCUAACCGAGCAAAUUGACGACAGCGCGCUUCAACACACAGUGUCCAGUCUCUUGAAGAUACACUCAAAGCGCUACGACUCCUCUCUAGUCUCAGAUACCAGAGUGCACUGCACCGAAGAAACAUGGCACUUGAGCUUACGAGUGCGAGGAAAUCGCUCCCUCAGCGAGAGUCUGCAGGAUUUAAUCCAGCCGCAAUUCUCGCGUGAAGAUGCCAGAGUGCACGGUGGGAUGUUUUAUCUCGGCACUGAAAAAGGUCUUGUGUAUGAGAAGCUUCCACCGGUCUUAUCGAUUCAUUUACAGCGCAGCGAGUAUGAGGAAUGUCAACGACGUGUCAGAUAUAACGACUACUUCGAGUAUCCGGAGGAAAUCGAUAUGAUCCCUUACUUAUCGAUGGAUGCGGACCGGUCCGAGUCUUGGGUCUAUACUCUCUUCGGAGUGAUUGUGUAUGACGGCAAUGAUGAGGACGGGGUGUAUUAUGGAUAUCUGCGUACGAGGGAAAGCUUGUUUAUCGAGUUGCAUGAUGAUGCCUUCAGACCAUGUACGGUGGAUGAGGUAUUGAGCGACAGUUACGGUGGGAAUUGGCGCUGUAUCGACCGCAGGAUCAAAUACCGCAGCGCGUGCAUACUAUACUAUUGUCGGAUUUCCGAACUGGGAGAAAUCGUGGUGGAUACCAACGACACUAGCCCGUCAAGCUCCUUGGAGCAAGAUUUAGCUAUUCGUCUUGGGGAUAUUCUUUCCUCCAGGAAGGACUCUGUCUAG